AUGCCGCUUGGUAUUCUAGAUGAUAAUAAACUGGAACAUAUCCCAGGAACGGCACCGCUACAUGGUCUUCAUGAGGUCGACACUUACUCCGGCAUCAACCCCAGUCUUCUGAAACACGAUUCUACCGGGCAGAUCGUGCUUGUUCCUCAACCGUCUGACUCACCAAAUGACCCUUAUAAUUGGCCCCGGCUCAAGAAAGAGCUUUUUACAAUUGCCUAUGGAUGGGGCUGUGGCUGCGUUGGAGCGGUCGGUCCGCUUCUCGGUGGUGCAUUCGUCCCACUCGCUGCAGAAUUUGGGGUCUCGUUAUCGACGUUUGUUUCCGCCGUCCAGGGCGGCCUGAUUUCGGCUAUCGCCGUUGGAAGCUUGAUAUUCAAUUCCUUGGCCGUGAAAUACGGAAAGCGUCCGGUUUAUCUUGGAACAACUGUUGGCUUGAUGGUGUCAUGUUUUUGGGCGGCCGAAGCCAAAAGCUUUGAAUCAUUUGUCGCCUCAAGAGUCCUUUGCGGGCUCUGCAUGGCACCUAUGGAGGCUUUGGUUCCGGCCUCCAUUGCAGAUAUCUGGUUCGUGCAUGAACGUGGGUUCCGUACUGCUAUUUUUAACCUCGGCGUCCUCGGUGGAAUUAACCUGGCGGUCCCGAUAGCGGCUGCAAUAAUUGAGUAUGGAUCGUUUAGAAUUGCAUUACAUGCCAUGGGUGGCGCCUUUGCUCUAACAUUGAUAAUGGUCUUCUUCUGGAUGCCGGAAUCCGCGUAUGCGAGAGAAGCACUGAAUAUCGAUACUGGAGAAACAAAUCUCGAAAACGCUGCAAGCACUGGGGCUCAAACAGCCGAAGCGCGUCACUCCUGGGCCAAAGAGCUGCUACCGUAUAGCGGUUAUGUCAACCAUGUCUCAUUCUGGAAUACUAUCAUCCGGCCAUUCUAUCUUUUGGCUUCGCCACCUGUUCUUUGGGCUGUGCUUCUUUUUACCAACUGUAUAGCAUGGCUCGUGGGCAUUUCUCUCACCCUAUCCCAGAUCUUCUCCGCGCCACCUUACAACUUCUCCGUGAUGGGUGUUGGAGCCACGAACUUGUCGUCCUUUGUCGCGUCCGUCCUUGGGACUUUUAGUGCCGGACCCCUGAUUGACGGCCUGGUGACCCGGAUGUCCAAGAUGAACGGUGGCAUAUUCGAGCCCGAGUUCCGCCUACCGAUCAUGCUUACGUACCUUUUGUUCACCUCAACGGGGUUCUUUGCCUGGGGCCAGUCUUCCUAUGCACAAGACCCAUGGCCUGUACCGGUGAUUGUGUGUUUGGGCAUGAUUAAUUUUGGUGUCCAACUCGGCACCACUGGGGUUGUCACCUACAUCGUAGACUGUCACCGUGAGAAGGCCGGUGAGGCCUUUGCGACAAUGAACUUUCUCAAGAAUCUCUUCGCAUUUGGGCUGUCCUUUUACCUCAAUGGAUGGAUUGAUAGCCAAGGUGUUCGUAACUGCUUCUUCACUAUUGGAGGAAUCACAAUGGCUGCGGCACUAUGCACUAUCCCUAUGUAUAUCUUCGGAAAACGAGCCCGAAGCUGGGUACACCGACACGGAAUUGCCGAUCGACUUUGA